UUAAAUUUGGAGAUGUUGAAAAAUUUGCUGUCGGGAACGACCCUGUGGGAACUCGUAGUCCGUAAUUGUUCUUUGUUAGAAUUGCCCGACAAUUUUGUCCAUUGGUCUCAACAGUUAAAACGACUGGAUCUCAGCUAUAAUCGUUUGCGUAUAGUGUCUUUCCUGUCAGCAUUGAAAUCAGAGACCAUCUUCAGAAAUCUUGAGUUUAUAGACCUGUCUCAUAACGAGUUGAUACAUGGUGCCUCUGAGAUGUAUAUAGCUGCUUUAAUGCCUAGAUUGCAGUACAUAAUCCUGGAUUAUAAUCCUCGUUUGGAUCUCUGCGGUAAAAAUUACUUCAUUGACAGUUCGAAGUUGCAGACAAAUCAGCAAUGGGUCAUCUUACCGGAUCUAAAGGUGUUGUCUUUUAGUUUCACAAGCACGUCAAGGCUCUGUUUUAGUUACAUGAAAACUGACAAUUUGAUGCUGUUCAAUAUCAGCAACAGUCGGAUCUCUACGUUAUCGUUACAGGACUUACCAGCAUUUACAGCACCGAAUUUCACAAUAGAUCUGCAGGGAAAUAACAUCACUAGAAUUAAAGAAUUUGGCAUAGAUGACUACGAAACAACGAAGAAUAAACUAUUAAGACGUAAUGAAACAAUAACAACGAUACUUGGAAAUGUAAAGGACCUCAAAUGUACCUGCAAAUACGCUUGGUUACAAAAAUUGUUAAAAGAAUUCUCAAACUUGGUUGUCCAAGAUAUAUCGUGCUCAGAUGGAGUUCAGCUAAUACAUCAAGAAUGGGAGUUUUUAAAUUGUACCGAGUUUGAUUGUGGCGAUUGCGUUUGCCGUCAAAAUGGAAGAUCUGUGUAUGUAAAUUGCUCUUCUGGCUUAACUCGUAACAUUCCUAUGGUAAAGAACUUAAGCCACAUAUACGCUGCUACCAAUCGUAUAGAAUCUUUGGACGCCAAUUUAUUUAGUGAAACAUUGUUUUGGGUUGAUGUACGUGCAAAUCGAAUAUCACGUGUGGACUUAGACACUAUCAGAGCCAUGUUUUCAAAGACAGAUCGACGAUUCAGCUUAGCUGGAAAUCCAAUAAUUUGUGACUGCACAAAUCAAGUACUGCUUGGAACUUUUCGAUUACAUCGUCACCAGAUAGUCGAUUAUGAUAACCUAACUUGUGCUGGAGGUGAAGUUUUGUUAUAUAAUGUCAAGGAAGGCGAAGGCGAAGGCGAAGGCGAAGGCGAAGGCGAAGGCGAACGCGAAGGCGAACGCGAACGCGAACGCGAACGCGAACGCGAACGCGAACGCGAACGCGAACGCGAACGCGAACGCGAACGCGAACGCGAACGCGAACGCGAACGCGAACGCGAACGCGAACACGAACCCGAAGACGAAGACGAAGACGAAGACGAAGACGAAGACGAAGACGAAGACGAAGACGAAGACGAAGACGAAGAUGAAGAUGAAGUAAUAUUUUCCAAAUGCACGUUACUCGUUUUAUCUUUCCAGCUCCCAUAUUAA